AUGGACGCCCAAUUCUUGAGUGGUUUGGAACAAACACUCAGAAGCAUCUUGUCGCCAGACAACAAUGCGAUCAAGAACGCCACACAGGCCUUGAAGGCGCAGUACUACACCAACUCUCUGGCCUUCCCUUCUUUGAUCCACCUGCUUCAAAAUUCUGCUGACGACAGUGUCAAGCAGCUGGCUGCCGUGGAGGCCAAGAAGCUGGUUCCAAAACAAUGGGAGGCGCUCGAUGAAAACCUCAAGUCUCAAAUCAGGGAGUCUUUGCUGAAGUUUGCAUUUGGCUAUAAGUCCAAGAACAUCAGACACUCGUCGGCUAGAAUCGUGGCUGCCAUUGCCGAAAUAGAUAUCCCCGACAACAAGUGGCCGACCCUGCUGCAAUCGCUGGUUGGAGGGGCCCAGGAUGCCGACGUGCAGACCAGAGAGAUGGCUGUGUUCAUUAUCUUCUGUAUUUUGGAGACGUUCCCUGCCGACUGGUUUGAACACUCUCAGGACUUUCUGUCGCUGUUUGCCACCACUCUGCAGGACCAGGCCUCUCUCGACGUCCAGGUGACCUCUGUUUCUGCCUUGGAGGUGAUUUCUGCGUACAUCGAGGAGGACGACGCGCUGCUGACGAAGCUUGCUCCUUCGUUCAGGUCUCUGCUGCCAAGUAUGGUGCAUCUGCUCAAGAGCUCUCUCUCGUUUUCCGACACCGAGAGGACCAAGGAGCUGUUCACGGCGUUCAACAGCUUUGUUCUGCUGGACAUAAAGCUGCUGGGCGACAGCUUUGUGGACAUCAUCAACCUGAUGAUCGAGACGGCCAUGAACAAGGAGCUGGACGAGGAGAUCCGGUGUUUUGCGCUCAGAACGCUGACCCAGUGCAUUUCGUACAGAAAGUCCAAGAUCUCGCAGGCCAAGCUGGGCGGACAGAUGGCUACGUGUGCUCUGCGCGUUGCGAGCGAGGAGGACGACGAGGCCGAGGAGGAGCUCGAAAAGGAGGACGAGGAGAACGAGAACGAGGAGGCGUCGCCACACACGCUGGCUCUGAGACUUCUGAACGAGCUGGCGAUCAACCUGCCGUCGAGCCAGAUCAUCCAGCCGAUCCUGGAGCUGGCUCCGCAGCUGCUGAGCUCGAGCAACCAGUACGAGAGAAGAGCUGCUCUGCUCUCGAUCGGCGUCACUGUUGAGGGUGCGCCGGACUACAUCUCCACGCAGCUGCCCAAAAUCAUCCAGCUGGUGAUUGCCGGGUUGCACGACGGGUCGAUUCUCGUCAAGGCUGCUGCGCUGCGCACCCUGGCCCAGCUGAACGAGGAGCUCAAGGACACGGUUGCAGAGUACCACGAGCUGCUGCUCAGCCCCAUCAUCUCCAUCAUCGACUCCACCAGCAAGAUCAUGGUGUACAAGUACGCCACCUGUGCGCUGGACACGCUGAUCGAGUACAUGUCGAACGAGAGCAUCAAGCAGUACAUGGAACCGCUGAUGAACAAGCUGUUCCAGAUGCUAGACGGCGCGCAGUCGUCGUCGCUCAAGUCGAGCAUCGUGUCGGCGAUCGGGUCGGUGGCCUACGCGGCCGGCAAGGCGUUCACGCCGUACUUCGACCCGUCGAUCAAGUUCCUGGAGAAGUUCAUUGCCAACAUGGACCACAUCGACGGCAUGACCGAGGACGACAUCGAGCUGCGUGCGCAGACGUUCGAGAACAUCUCGUCGAUGGCGCGGGCCGUGGGCUCUGAGGCGUUUGCUCCGUACGCACAGCCGCUGAUCGACGCGUCGUACAGCGCGAUCCACUCUGCCAACGGCAGACUCAGAGAGUCCGGCUUCGCAUUUAUCUCCAACAUGGCCAAAGUGUACGGCGAGCAGUUCACGCCGUUCCUGGACAGAAUCGUGCCGGAGAUCUUCAACUGUCUGCAGCAGGACGAGUUCGACUUCAACUUUGGUCCCGACGACGAGAUCGCGGACGAAGCAGACCUCGCAGAAAAACUGAACGUCCACACAGGUAUCACCGUUGAAAAAGAGGUCGCGCUCGUGGCGCUGAGCUCGCUGGCCGUCGGCACCAAGGCCGGCUUCACGAGCUUCGUCGACCAGACCGUCAAGAUCCUCAGCGAGCAGAUCGACGAGUCGUACGCAGUCAGAGAAGCGUCGCUGUCGACGCUCUGGAAGGUGGCCUACUGCAUGUACGAGGCGCACGGCCAGAACGACAAGGUGCUGGAGCUCAUCAGAAACGUGCGCAGCAUCACCGUCAGCAUUCUGCCCGACGAGUUCGACGUGCACAUGGUGAUGACGUGCAUCGACUGUCUGUACGAGUACAUCAAGUCCAAGGCCCUGGGCAAGCUGGCCAUCAUGGAGGGCACCGACUCGUCGCAGCUGGAGUCGCUGUGCACGCAGCUGAUGCUGAUCCUCAAGAACGAGCACCUGUGCCUCACCCAGGACGACGAGGACGUCCCGAGCGACGAGGUCGACACCACAGAGACCGACGCCAUGAUCUACGACUCGGCGCUCGAGGUGCUGGUGAGCCUGGCCGACGCGUUCGGCGGCGACUUUGUGCGCAUCUUCAGCUCGUUCAAAGACGUCAUUCUCGCCCAGGUCAAGUGCAAGAACAAGAACAAGCGUGUCUCCACCGUCGGCUGCCUCGCCGAGAUCUGCAACGGCCUCAAGAGCGAAAACCCGUACACCACAGAGCUGCUCGAGGUGUUUGUCGACAGACUCGCCAACGACAAGUCGUCCGAGGUGCGCGGCUCCGCCGCGUACGGUGUCGGCGUCCUGAUCGAGCACGCCACCGUCGACGUGACCCCUGCCUACCCGGCCACCCUCAGCUCGCUGUCCAAGCUGCUCAACAAGGCCGGCAAGGAAGCUUCCAAGGCGGACGACGACGACGUCGAGACCAAGGACACGCUCAACAGAACGAUUGCCAACGCGUGCGGCUGUGUCAGCAGAAUGGCGCUCAAGAACCCGCAGGCCGUCCCGCUCAACGUGAUCGUGCCCUCGCUGCUUAGCCACCUGCCCCUGGAGACCGGCCUCGAGGAGAACAAGCCUAUUUUCGAGCUGAUUCUGAAACUUUACGAGGAGAAUAACGAGAUAAUCCUCAGUGCCACUGCCCAGGUGGUCGCCAUAUUCGAGCAGGUGUUCCUGAGAGAGCUGGAGAAGCAGAAACUGAUCAACGAGUCGACACUGGGAAGAGAAGAGAACAUAGAGAGACUGAACCAGUUCGACUCCGAGGAGACCCAGCACAAGGUUGUGGCAUUCCUCAAGUACCUCGAGAGCAAGUUUGCCGGCGUUGUCUCGUCCAAGGAGGUGCUGAAAAAUGUGAUUGCGUGA